AUGGAGCAACAAGGUGGUGAACUAAGGAAGAUGUGGCCGCAGCAGCCGCCAAUCGAGUACACGAUAGCGAGGCGGCACGAUGCUCUAACAAUGGUCGGAGACUUUGUGUAUGUUGCACAAGAUCCCAAAGAUCAAUUAUUACUCGGCCCGGCAUAUGCCACUCCCAAGCUGCUCGACAAGAAACAGCUAACGCUGAACGACAUCGACGUGUUCGAAUAUCAUGAAGCAUUUGUAGGCCAGCUCUUAGCUAACAUGAAGGCCAUGGACUCCGACUGGUUUUGUCAGACUCACAUGUCUAGAAAGAAGCUUGGGUUGUUGCCUGUUGAAAAGAUGAAUCUCUGGGGCGGGUCUCUGUCUAUUGGACAUCCGUUCGGAGCCACUGGCGUUCGUCUGGUGAGAACAGCAGCUCACCGACUACGAAAAGAAGACGACAAGUUAGCACUCGUCGCUGCUUGUGCUGCUGGAGGACACGGACACGCCAUGUUGGUUGAACGUUAUUGAUGAUGAACUUUAGAGUCUAACUUUUUGUGCACUUUAUGUUUGAUAUUGUUUUUAAGUAUGUUUGGUUUGUGCUAUAUUACGGAUGUUUGUCUCACUGGUGGCCUCUGUCGAUUGUAAAUUCUGGUUGUAAACAUAUUCGAAUCAGUGAUUUACACAGACA